GGCCCGGCGGCGCGGCCCGCCCCCCGCGGAGGGAGACGCCAUUGCGGGUUGUUUGUGCGGGCGGCGGCGGGAGGCGGUGCUGCGGCCCGGGGGGACUGUGCUCCGCCGCCAUCAUGUCCACCCCGGCGCGGCGCCGGCUGAUGCGCGACUUCAAGAGGUUGCAAGAAGACCCUCCUGUGGGUGUCAGUGGUGCACCGUCUGAGAAUAAUAUAAUGCAGUGGAAUGCAGUUAUAUUUGGGCCAGAAGGGACACCUUUUGAAGAUGGUACUUUUAAACUAGUAAUAGAAUUUUCAGAAGAAUAUCCAAAUAAACCUCCGACUGUUAGGUUUUUAUCAAAAAUGUUCCAUCCAAAUGCGCUCCUGUCUGUGCAGACACGUCUCGAGUUGAAGCAGGGAACUGAUCAAGCCCAACGUUACUCGUUUCUGUCAGUUUAUGCGGAUGGUAGCAUAUGUUUAGAUAUUCUUCAGAAUCGAUGGAGUCCAACAUACGACGUUUCAUCUAUUUUAACUUCAAUUCAGUCUCUGCUUGAUGAACCUAAUCCAAACAGUCCGGCGAACAGCCAGGCAGCACAACUUUAUCAGGAGAACAAACGUGAAUACGAGAAAAGAGUUUCAGCUAUUGUCGAACAAAGUUGGAAUGACUCGUAACAGCUGCUUCGUUACUCUCCAUCCUCAUAAUCAUUAUGUACAAUUUAACUCUCAAUAGAAAGGCUACCAGAAAUUUCAAGUGCCACAGCUCUAAGAAUUUGCAUAAAAACUCAUCUGCAAACAGAAUUAAGCCCUCCAGUUUAGGAAACUUAAAAGCUUGUGUAUCUUGAUUAACGUACUUUUUAUUGCAUGGUAUGAACUAAGUUAUUGCUACAUAAAUUUGUAAUAUAUCCUGUUUGUAUUUUUUUUCCAAGUGUAUAAUGUUGGUGUGGAGUUUUCAUGACAGAAUAUACACAUUUUGUAAAUCUGUACUUUUUCAAAUAUUGAAUGCCUUAUUUUUGAAUUCUUUAGAUUUUUAAAUUGGAGAAAAAGCACUUAACAAAGUUUUUAUAUAUAAAUAUUUCAUGUAAAACUGUUAAAUACAUAACCUCAGUGCAAGACA